CGUAGCUCGGCGCUCGCCAUUUUAACGGAUUAAACUGAGCGGUGGCAUCAGCAGCAGUAGUAGGAGUCAGUGCCGGCUGCCCGUGAAGACGUGCUUACUCAUUCACCGACAUGAACAUCUUUAGGUUAACUGGGGACCUGUCCCACCUGGCGGCCAUCAUCAUCCUUCUACUCAAGAUAUGGAAGACCCGGUCCUGUGCCGGUAUUUCGGGGAAGAGUCAGCUCCUGUUUGCCUUGGUGUUCACUACUCGGUACCUGGAUCUCUUCACAGCUUUCAUAUCACUGUACAACACAUCUAUGAAGCUUAUCUACGUUGCCUGUUCAUACGCCACAGUCUAUCUGAUAUACAUGAAGUUCAAGGCGACCUAUGAUGGAAAUCACGACACAUUCCGGAUGGAGUUUCUUGUUGUACCUGUUGGGGGGUUAGCGGUGCUGGUCAAUCACGACUUUUCCCCUCUAGAGAUCCUGUGGACCUUCUCGAUCUACCUGGAGUCUGUGGCCAUCCUGCCUCAGCUCUUCAUGAUCAGUAAAACGGGUGAAGCGGAGACAAUCACCACACACUACCUGUUCUUCCUUGGCUUGUACCGUGCCUUGUAUCUAUUCAACUGGAUUUGGCGCUACUCGUUUGAAGGCUUCUUUGAUCUUAUUGCAAUAGUGGCUGGAGUGGUGCAAACUAUCUUGUACUGUGACUUCUACUUGUAUUUUACAAAAGUACUAAAGGGCAAGAAGUUGAGUUUGCCAGCGUAAGUGCCAUAGAUUGUAACCAGCUGUCCCUUACACCAGUUGGACAGAACAAUCAUUACCACGAGCAAGAAGUAAGAUGCCUGAAGCAGUCAGAAACAAUUGUAUAUGCAGAACCAGUCAGAAUUUGUGCUGCCUUAGGAGCCAGAACAUCAUCCAGUGGCCGAUAACACCAACAGCGAAAUGGUGACGGCAACCGCGACAGACCAGCUGACUUGUUUUACGCAUCUUGCCUUUCCUGUUUUUUAUUAUGAUGUAUAAAGGUUUUUUUACAUAAAAAAGGUUUCCUGUAUUGAUCAAUUCAAUGCACCGUUUCAGUUUAAUAGUUGUAAAAGUGAGAUUUUUUUUUGGUGAAGUUUACAACUUGGUACAAGUGCAGAUCCCCCACCCCUUUAAAAAUUCCCUCCACGCAGCAAUUUUUUUCUUUUUAACCUGGAUAUGUUUGUUCCCCUCCCCCUUCCUUGCGGUUUCAUUGCUAGUUUAUAUGUUCUUGAUUGGACAAUUUGUGCCUAUUUUAAUUCCAAAUUUUUCCUCCGUCAUUCCACUAAUUUAUUUUGCCCAAAUUUUUUUUUAAAACCUUCAUUUUUUGAUUCUUCUGAAAUGAUCCAUGUAUGUCUGGUCUAUAAACCAUUUUUUUUUCUCUCCUUAUCUUAUACUAUUCCUAAUGUGAGGAAAUGUCCCUUUUUUUUUUUUUUUUUUGCUUUUCUGUCUUUUUAAAGCACAACAAUACCAGACUUUUUUUUAUUUUUUUUCCAAAAUAAAGAUGGUCAAAUACACGGUGGCUUGUCGAAAAACUUCCCUACAGGUUCUAAUUGACCAAAAACAAAUUGUAUAUUGGCAUUUUGAUAUCUAGGCUUUACAGAAGUGUUACUGCUCUAGAAGAGAUGAGGUUCACUGUAGACAAAUUCAUGAAAGAGAAAAUAUAUUCUUGUUUUAUAGGAAACAUUAAUCUUUCAUUAAAGGGGAAAAAAUUAUAAA